CUUUUGCAAUGUAAGAUAAUAAGGUAACUGCUUUUAAUUGAUAUAGUGAGUCGAAUAAAUCUCAAAUUACGCUCUUACUUUUCAAUCUUGCAACUGUUCAUUAAAAAUGAUAAGUACUUGAUGUUUUUGAACAUCAUUGUGACAUCAUAAUUCGUCUCAAAUAAGAACAGAAUUCAAUGUUGAUAUGUGCGACAGUCUCCCUCAUCAAUUCAUUCAAGGAAUAUUGAGAAAAAAAUUUUUUUGAUUACAAAAAGAAAAAAUCGGUGAAUUUUCAAAGGAAGAAUGGAAUCGUUGUCGUUGAUUUUGUACGGAGUGAUUGUUGUGCCAUCGAUUUUGAUUCUAGUUGCCUACUUUUAUAUGACAAGAAAUUUUAAAUACUGGAAGAAACGUGGAGUUGAAGAAAUCCCACCGACUCCAUUUGUUGGGAAUUUUGGAAAAUAUUUUAAACAUAAAAAAUCUCCUGGUGCAUUGUUUAAAACAAUCUACGAUGAAAAUGAAGAUUUACCGUAUGUGGGAAUUUACGUUUUGGAUAAGCCAUGCCUUUUGAUACGUGAUCCUGAAUUACUGAAAUUAAUUCUCAUAAAGGAUUUUAAUUAUUUUUCGGAUAAAUUUAUGCACUCGAGUGAACAUGACGUUGUGAGCAAUAAUAGUCUAUUUUUCGUUGACAAUCCCCAAUGGAAAUAUAUUCGACAAAAGUUUACUGGCCUAUUUACAACUGGAAAAAUGAAGAGUAUGCUUGAGAAUGUGCAGGAAGUUGGAGUCGAUCUUAAUGAUUAUUUAAAUUCACUUCAAUUGGAGGGAGCUGGUAAACCUGUGAAUAUUAAAGAUCUCGCCGGCAAAUUCACUACCGAUUUGAUUGGACAAGCGUCGUUUGGAUUAAAAUUGAAUAGUUUAAAGAAUUCUGAGGCUGAAUUUCGAAAAUUUGGAAAAGCAAUGUUUGGCACUUAUAAUGUGAAGAGAGCUCUUGAACUUGCUUGCGUCUGGCUUGCGCCGCAAUAUGCAACACUUUUUGGAUUCAAAUUUUUUCUGGAUAGUGCGACGAAUUUUUUUCGUACAGCCUUUCAGGAUAUUUUAGAUGAACGCAAACAAUCGAAUGUGAAGAGAAACGAUUUAAUUGACCUAAUGAUUCAACUGCGAGAUAAUGAUGACAAUAAUCCAGAGUCACAUGGUUUUAAAUUUCAAGGCGAUAAUUUAUUAGCACAAGCGCUCAUUAUAUUUGCGGCAGGUUAUGAUACAUCGUCAGCAGUUACGAGUUUUGCUCUAUUCGAAAUGUCAAAACAUCCGGAAAUGCAAACGAAAUUAAGAAACGAAAUCAAUCAAGCUCUUAAAAUGAAUAACGGAAAAAUAACAUAUGAGAUGAUAACGGAUUUGCAAUAUUUGGACAUGGUUUUGUCGGAGACUUUGAGAAAAUAUCCGACAUUGCCAUUUAUCGAUAGGAAAGCGACAAGAAAUUAUAAAAUUGAAGAAACGGGACUUGUGAUUGAAAAAGGAACGCCAAUAAUUAUUCCAAUGCUGGGUUUGCACUACGAUCCGAAAUAUUUUCCAAAUCCUCAUGAAUUUGAUCCAGAAAGAUUUUCAAACGAAAGAAAAUCGUCUAUUAAUCCAUAUGCUUACAUGCCUUUUGGUAUUGGUGGACGGAAUUGUAUUGGGAUGCGACAAGGUCUCUUGCAAACGAAACUUGGUAUAAUUUACAUUAUUUCAAAAUAUGAGGUGUCGCUGUUAAAAAAUACUUCUAUAAAAUUUGAUAAACUAUCAGUGCUUAGUUCCUCAAAAGGUGGUUUAUUCCUAAAUAUGCGAAAACUCGAUGUGGCGAAUUGGCUGCUCAUUAAUUCAACGAGUAAAUUACUUGUUGAAUUCGAUUCGAAAUUUCAUGACGUUGGAGACACUUAUCAAACUGCAAUGGAAUUCCUAUCAUGGAUUUUUUGUGGAGCGAUUACAGUGAUAACGUUAAUUAUAACAAGUGGAUAUUUUUAUACAACUCGUAAAUUUGGAUAUUGGAAAAAUCGUGGAGUUUUUGAAGUUCCGCCAACGCCAUUCGUUGGAAAUUGUGGAAAAUAUUUUAAACAUGAGAAAUCUCCUGGUACUUUGUUAAAAAAAUUCUACGAUGAAAAUAAAAAUGAACCGUAUAUGGGAUUUUAUAUGGUGGACGAGCCAUGUCUUUUAGUUCAUGAUCCGGAAAUUAUUAAACGAAUAUUUAUAAAAGAUUUCAAUUCGUUUACGGAUAAAUGGAUGAGAUCCGGCAAAAAUGAUGGUAUUAAUCAUUCAGUAUUUUUCAUUGACAAUCCACAUUGGAAAUAUUUGAGGCAAAAAUUCACCAAUUUAUUUACACCUGGAAAAAUGAGGAGUAAUUUUGAUAGUUUCGCAGUGAUUGGAAACGAUCUCACUGAAUAUUUGGAUUCUCUUCAGUUGGAAGAUUACGGUAGAGAAAUUGAUGCCAAGGAGCUUUCAGCAAAAUUCAUGACAGAUCUCACUGGACUAAUGUUUGGAAUAAAGUGCAAUAGUUUGAAGAAUCCGGAGGCACAAAUAAGAAAAAUUGGAAGUGGAAUGUUUGGAAAUUACAGUAUUAAAAGGGCAUUUCAAUUAACAAUUAUAUUUCUUGCACCUCAAUUUGCUGAUAUAUUUGGAUGUCGAUUUAUUUUGGAAAAUGCGUAUAAAUUUUUUAAAAAUCUCUUUGAAGAUGUUAUGGAUGAGAGAAAAAAUUCAGAAUUGAAAGGAAAUGAUAUUAUUGAUUUGGUUCUACAACUUCGCGAAAGUGACAUUAUCUCUCCAGAUGGUUUUAAACUUGAUGACGAUAAUUUAGCAUCUCAGACAAUAAUGUUUUUUGCUGCUGGUUUUGAACCACCAGCGGUAGUCAUGGGAUAUUGUUUAUUCGAAUUGGCUAAAAAUCAGGAUGUACAGAUGAAAUUGAGGAAACAAAUUAAUAGCGCACUUAAGGAAAAUGAGAAAAUUACAUACGAUAUGGUAAAUGAUUUGCAAUAUUUGGAAAUGAUUAUUUCGGAGGUUUUGCGUAUGUAUCCUACAAUGCCAAUUAUGGACAGAAAAGCAACAAGUGACUAUAAAAUUGAAGAAACCGGCCUGAUGAUAGAAAAAGGAACACCAAUUUUGGUGCCAUUGCUAGGACUUCACUAUGAUCCGCAAUAUUUUCCUGAUCCCUAUGCAUUUAAACCUGAACGAUUUGCAGACAAUAAGAUAAGAAAUUGCUCUUAUUAUUUACCUUUUGGAUUGGGAGCACGUGGUUGCAUUGCCUCUCGACAAGGUCUUCUGCAAGUGAAACUUGGCAUAAUUUCCAUUAUCUCAAAAUUUGAGGUGACAUUGUUAAAGAAGACUUUUAUAGAAUUUGAUAGAUUUUCGGCACUCAGCUCGCCGAAAGGAGGUUUACCUUUGAAAUUUCGUAAACUGGAUCCAAAUGAUAAUACUGUUUAUUAAUCAUUUCACUGGGCUUUACCAUUUUUUUUUUUUACUUUUGAUGCAACAGUUUUGAGAAAAAGAAAAAAGUUAAUUUUUUUAACAAAUUUAUUUAUUUUACGACAGAAUUGAUAAUUAACUGAAUAUUGAUUACAAUAUUUUUA